AUGGAUACUAAUAAGUUAAGAAGUUCAGGUUAUCAAUUAUCAGACAGAGUUUAAUUUGGAGGAGUCUUCGAGCCAGAGAAAUGCAAACAAAUCGCAAAGCAAGUGAUGGAGUUGUACGAUGCAAACAAGGAUGGUUAUAUUGAAUAAAACGAAAUUGCCAUGAUGUUAUCAGAUGCCUAUAGAGCCAUGAAUAAAGGAUUCAAUCCAACUUCUCAGGAUGUUUCAAAUUGCUAGGCCAUUUUAGAUAGGAAAUCGACUGGACGUGUUCACACAGAGGAUGUUGAAUAAUUGCUUAACCAGUCAAGAGAGUGCCAGAGAAGUUUGUCAAGAAUAGCACAAGAAAGAUUGGAGGUGGCCAGACGUAUCUUCAAGUUCGUGGACAAAGAUGGAUCAGGAUUUUUGACUGAGGAGGAAGUGCCAGAGUUAUUGAAGGAAACUUACAAGCACAUGGGAAUGAACGAUUAUCAACCAACAAAGGAGGAUGUGACCAUUUGGAUUUAGAUGACUGACACUGAUGGGGAUGGUAAGGUGACUUUAGAGGACUAUGAACAAUUGGUUUUGGAUUCAUUGAGAAAACAAGGAAUCAGUUUGGAAUGAUUUAAUAAAUAAGUAGAAUAUAUAUAAUAGUAAU